AUGGCACAAAACGUGGUUCUAUUUUUAUUGUGGCUUUCGGGCAGAUCACUCGCGGGAUUUCCCAAUCAGAUUAAUAUAGGUGGUCUGUUCAUGCGGUCCACUGUGCAGGAGCACAGUGCGUUUAGGUUCGCUGUUCAGCUCUACAACACCAACCAGAACACUACGGAGAAACCCUUUCAUCUCAAUUACAACGUAGACAACCUCGAGUCGUCCAACAGCUUCUCAGUCACCCAUGCAUUCUGCUCUCAGUUCUCCCGAGGGGUCUAUGCCAUCUUCGGCUUCUACGAUAAAAAGUCCAUGAACACCCUGACGUCAUUCUGUGGUGCGCUGCACACCUCCUUCGUCACGCCCAGUUACCCCACCGAUAACGAAGUGCAGUUUGUCAUCCAGAUGAGACCUGCACUGCGUGGGGCCGUCCUCAGCCUGCUGUCACACUACAAGUGGCAAAAGUUCGUUUACCUCUACGACACUGACAGAGGUAGGUGCCAUGCCAUCACAGGCCUUGAUAUAGUUCAGGGUGGUUUCUCCAAUGUGAGCUUGGACAAGGUCUUCCUAGGCGGGGCCAACAUAUCAGGCUUCCAGAUAGUGAGCCCUGAGAACCCCAUCGUUCAACAGUUCCUACAGCGCUGGGAGAGACUGGAUGAAAGGGAAUUCCCAGAGGCCAAGAACACUCCGCUCAAGUACACGUCAGCUCUGACCCACGAUGCAAUCCUGGUGAUCGCGGAGGCGUUCCGGUACCUGCGGCGCCAACGCGUAGACGUGUCACGGCGAGGGGGCGCAGGAGACUGUCUGGCCAACCCUGCCGUGCCAUGGAGCCAGGGCAUCGACAUCGAGAGAGCACUCAAAAUGGUCCAGGUCCAGGGGAUGACGGGGAACAUCCAGUUUGACAGCUAUGGCCGGAGGUCCAACUACACUAUAGACGUCUAUGAGAUGAGAACAGGGGGGCCCAAAAAGAUUGGCUACUGGAACGAGUACCAGCGAUUAGUAAAUGUGUUAGAACAACAGGUGGUCGCCAACGAGUCUUCUUCUGUGGAAAACCGAACGAUUGUGGUCACUACUAUUAUGGAAGCCCCUUAUGUGAUGUACAAGAAACACCAGAUGAAUCUGGAGGGGAAUGACAGAUAUGAAGGCUACUGUGUCGAUUUAGCUGCCGAAAUUGCAAAACAUGUGGGGAUAAGAUACAAACUGUCAGUAGUAGCAGACGGGAAGUACGGUGCGCGGGAUCCAGACACCAAGACGUGGAACGGGAUGGUGGGGGAACUGGUCUAUGGGAGAGCAGAUAUAGCUGUGGCACCUCUCACCAUAACCCUGGUUCGUGAGGAGGUGAUCGACUUCUCCAAGCCCUUCAUGUCUCUGGGCAUCUCCAUUAUGAUCAAGAAGCCCCAGAAGUCUAAACCCGGGGUGUUCUCCUUCCUGGACCCGCUGGCCUAUGAGAUAUGGAUGUGUAUCGUGUUCGCUUACAUCGGUGUGAGUGUGGUCCUGUUCCUGGUCAGCCGCUUCAGCCCUUAUGAGUGGAACCUGGAUGAACAGGAUGAAACCAAAGACCCCCAGACACCUCCAGAUCCUCCCAACGACUUUGGCAUCUUCAACUCUCUGUGGUUCUCUCUGGGAGCCUUCAUGCAACAAGGAUGUGAGAUAUCACCCAGGUCCCUAUCAGGGAGAAUAGUAGGGGGCGUGUGGUGGUUUUUCACUCUCAUCAUCAUCUCGUCCUAUACGGCCAACCUGGCUGCUUUCCUCACAGUGGAGAGGAUGGUGUCCCCCAUAGAGAGUGCUGAGGACCUGGCUAAACAGACUGAGAUCGCCUACGGAACUCUAGAUGCUGGUUCCACCAAGGAGUUCUUUAGGCGAUCCAAAAUAGCAGUCUAUGAGAAAAUGUGGUCAUACAUGAAAUCGGCCGAACCCUCAGUGUUUGUCAAGACCACGCCAGACGGGGUGGCCCGGGUACGAAAGUCCAAGGGCAAGUUUGCUUUCCUCCUGGAGUCCACCAUGAACGAGUACAUAGAGCAGAGGAAACCCUGCGACACCAUGAAAGUGGGCGGAAACCUCGACUCAAAAGGAUACGGUGUGGCCACACCCAAAGGCUCAGCAUUAAGAAAUGCUGUUAACCUGGCAGUGUUAAAACUGAAUGAGCAAGGCCUGUUGGACAAAUUGAAAAACAAAUGGUGGUACGACAAGGGAGAGUGCGGCAGCGGGGGAGGUGACUCCAAGGACAAGACAAGUGCUCUCAGCCUGAGCAAUGUGGCUGGAGUCUUCUAUAUUCUGGUUGGAGGGCUGGGGCUGGCCAUGAUGGUGGCUCUGAUUGAGUUCUGUUACAAAUCGCGUGCAGAAACCAAACGGCUCAAACUAGCAAAGAAUGCUGAGAAAUUGAAGCCAGCUCCCCCGACCAACCCCCAGAACUUUGCCACGUACAGAGAAGGCUACAACGUGUAUGGGACAGAGAGCGUUAAGAUCUAA